GCGAGAAGUGACGCAAUUCGGCUUCAGCUUCCUGUCGCCAUGGCGCUCUCGCCAUUUUUAACCAAUCCUUCUUCUUCUUUUUUUCUGCAUUCUUCAUCGCCAUCGUUCUGCUUUUUUCUUCGCCAUUCUGAAAGCCCGUCUUCAAUCCUCGUCGCACCUCUUCGAUUCAAAAUUCGUUGUUCUAACAACGCAAUCGAAGUUGAAACCCAACCACCUCGUCGAAUCCGAGUGGAUUUCGAAGUAAAGAAGAAGCGGAAGCCCAGGCCUAGCUUCCUCGAGCAAAUUCGCCAUAAGUGGUCGACAAAACCGACUUCCUCAAGAGAUAAGUUCCCCUGGCAACAGCAAGAACAAGAUAGAGAGCAGAAGGAGGAGGAGGAAGAGGAAGAACGGAUUGGCUAUGAAGAUUCUGUUUCAAUUCGCGACUCAACGACUAAUGUAACUCAAGCGGUUCCUAUAAGUCGCCCAAUUUCGGCCCCUUGGGCUCACGGUAGCAAAUCCAGAAAUUCGCAGUUCGAUUUCGAACCUAAAACGCCAGAAAAAGUGUUUAAUGAGAUAUCCGAGGAUUUUGCUGAUGAUUCAAGUAAUCGCUACGCAAUUACGAGAAGUUUUGACGAUAUUGCUUCUCCUGGUGGAAAAUCGAAUGGAGAAAUUAGUGAACGUAUUGAUGAAAUUUCAGUGGAAUUUUCGGAAGACGAGGAGGAAAUUAAUCCUGUAGAUCUGAACGUUCUGCCGAUUACUGAAAAACGUUCACCGUUGAGCAAAAAAUUUGUACGUUCUGUGAGUUCUGAUAAUGAUAGCAAUGGUCCAGUUGAUUUGCCAUGGAAGAGAGAGCCGCGUAGGGAUUCUGAAGAAGUUGAUCAGAGAAGCAGCAAAACAUUAUUGGCUGAGAAAACGCUUCCUGAGCACGAAUUGCGGAGGCUCAGGAACAUUUCUUUGAGAAUGCUGGAAAGAAUUGAAGUGGGGGUCGCAGGUAUAACUCAAGAACUGGUGGAUACCAUUCAUGAGAAGUGGAAGGUAGAUGAAGUUGUCAAGUUGAAAUUUGAAGGGCCUCUUACUGUCAACAUGAAGAGGGCACACGAGACAUUAGAGAAUAGAACGGGCGGAUUGGUCGUAUGGAGGUCGGGUAGUAUGAUAGUAUUGUAUAGGGGAAUGACAUACCACCUGCCUUGUGUUCAAUCUUAUGCCAAACAAAAUCAAGCUAAAAGUUGUAGAUUGGAUGGUUCAAAUAAUGUAGAAUAUGAUGCUAACACGGUCAGAACUACGAGUACAAUUGUUUCCGGUGCUUUGAAGCAUACCAAGACGUUAUCUGAAAAGGAACUCGCGGAGUUGAGUGAUCUGAACCUUUUGUUAGACGAGAUAGGUCCGCGUUUUAAGGAUUGGUCAGGCUGUGAGCCAUUGCCUGUUGAUGCAGACCUGCUUCCUGGUAUAGUUCCGGGAUACAAACCUCCAACUAGAAUUCUGCCUUAUGGGGUAAGACAUUGUCUCAAGGACAAGGAGGUGACUGCUUUUCGUAGACUUGCAAGAAAAAUGCCUCCACAUUUUGCUUUAGGAAGGAAUAGACAACUGCAAGGUUUGGCCAAUGCUAUGAUAAAGCUAUGGGGAAAAUGUGCAAUUGCAAAGAUUGCUAUAAAACGAGGUGUAGAAAAUACACGUAAUGAGAGAAUGGCAGAAGAACUCAGGAUAUUGACAGGAGGAACGCUACUCUCUAGAAACAAGGAGUAUAUUGUUUUCUAUAGGGGCAACGAUUACCUGCCACCCACAAUCACAGAUGCAUUGAAAGAAAGGCGGAAGCUAGCAGAUCUUCAGCAAGAUGUCGAAGAGAAGGCACGACAGAUGGCUUCAACUUCAGUUGAGUCAAAAGUGAAAGCUUCAGAUGCUCCAUUGGUUGCUGGUACACUUGCAGAAACCAUUGCAGCAACUUCUCGUUGGGGAAGCCAACAAAGUGGUCAAGAUAUUGAGACUAUGAGAGAAGAUUCAGCUUUAGCAAAACUUGAAUCUCUAAUUGAAGACCUCAAGAAGAAACUAGCUCUUGCAAAAGGGAAGGUAACAAAAGCUGAGAAGAUUAUAGCAAAAUUGCAGGGGAAGAAAGAACCAGCAGAGCUUCCCACUGAUUUGGAGACCAUAACUGAUGAGGAACGACUUCUAUUCCGUAAGAUCGGUCUGAGUAUGAAACCAUAUCUGCUCUUAGGGAGGCGUGGUGUUUACGAUGGAACCAUUGAGAACAUGCACUUGCAUUGGAAGUUUAGAGAGUUAGUAAAGAUAAUUGUGAGAGGAAAAACUCUACAACAAGUCAAGCAUAUAGCAAUCUCUCUGGAAGCAGAGAGCGAUGGAGUGGUGGUUUCUUUGGAUAAAACUACUAAAGGCUAUGCGGUUAUCGUCUAUCGUGGGAAAAAUUAUACCCGCCCUGAUGCACUGAGGCCUAAAAACAUGUUGACAAGAAGACAGGCAUUGGCUCGAUCAAUCGAACUACAGAGACGUGAGGCACUGAAGCACCAUAUUUUAGAUUUGGAGGAAAAAAUUGAGCUGCUGAAGGUUGAGCUGGAAGAACGGAGAAAUGGGAAAUGGCUCUUGAAAGAUUGACAUUCUUUUCUGGUAGAAACACUGAAGUGUUGUCAUGUGAAGUUGCUUUGAAAUCGGGCAACUAGUCAUUAUGAGAAUGGCACUUUUGGUUUGCAGCAGGGAAGUACAAAUUUCCUUUCAUUUUGGAGCAAACGAACAUUAUUUCAAGACAAAGGUACGAACACAUCCUAACGUUAUUAGUAGAUCCAGAUAUUGUUAAGAUCAUCUUUAGUAUUACAGGAGAUAAGCAUGUGCGACUGCUUUGGCCACAUCAAUAUCAUAAUUUCUUUUUCUCUAGCAAUUUAGAUAAACUUAUUUUCACCUCUAUCUCCUGCCAUAUAGAUAGAAAUAGUUAUUCGGUCUGUGAUAAUAUAGAAAAAUAAAUUUAAAACAGUGUUACGUUUGGUCUAAUUGCUUCGGGUUAACAUGCAUCUGUUAGUUUAAGUUUGCUUAAAAGAUUGAAUGGGAUGAGGGUGUAACCGUCCAAGCCCACUACUAGUAGAUAUUGUUUUUUUUUUUAGGUUUUUCCUUUCGGACUUUCCCUCAAGAUUUUUAGAACGCGUAUGCUAGGGAGAAGUUUCCACAGCUUUCUCCUCCCCAUCCAAUAUGGGAUCUCACAGUCUAGGGCUCAAGGUCCUCCCUGACACUAGUUCCUCUCUACCAUCGAUGUGGAACUCACAAUCCACCUCCCUUUGGGGCCAACAUCUUCACUGACACUCAUUCCUCUCUCUAAUCGAUAUGAGAUCUCAAAAUCUACCCUUAUCAAAUUAAAACCAAGAAAACCAAUAAAAAUAUAGAUUUAAUUGCUUCAGUUAACAUGCAGUUCUUGGUACAGUUUUCUUUAGUUUAACAUUAAAUAAUAAUAACUCAACUAUUUGUUGAUUUGGUUAGUUUCAUGCUAUCACAUGAGCAAGUUGAACUAACAAAUGUGAUCGGCUUAACCCUUUGGUUAUCAUUUGUUAUACCCUACAUAUAUAAUGGUUAUUAACCUUGAACAACAAAUGGACCUCUGUAUUGGAUUUAUUACUAUAUUCAUGCCUAUGA